CGGGGAAAGAGAGAGAAGGUGAGAGUGGAUUCGACAAGAGGGGGAAAAAAAACAGGCCUGUGCGAGAGAGAGGCGAGGGCAACUCAGGCGACGCGAUGGCGAUGGCGGCGCUGCGACGCGAGGGGAGGCGCAUCCUCCUCUCCCCCACCGUCCCCAACCCGUCUCCGGCGGCCGCUUCCGCUGCGGUGACGCGAUCCUCCGCCAUCUCGCAACCGGAGAUGGCUCCACUUGGUGCACGGUCUAUUUCAACUCAAGUUGUGAGGAACCGGAUGAAGAGUGUCAAGAACAUCCAGAAGAUCACAAAGGCUAUGAAGAUGGUUGCAGCAUCAAAGCUUCGUGCUGUUCAGACGAGGACUGAAAAUUCACGUGGCCUGUGGGAGCCUUUCACCGCCCUUCUUGGGGAUGCUCCUAGCGUUGAUGUCAAGAAGAAUGUGAUUGUGGCCAUUACCUCUGAUAAGGGACUCUGUGGUGGUAUUAAUUCAACAUCGGUGAAAGUUAGCAGGGCCCUUCACAAGUUGACAUCUGGUCCAGAAAAAGAAAGCAAGUUUGUUAUAUUAGGAGAAAAGGGAAAAGUUCAGCUGGUUCGUGACUCAAGGAACAGCAUUGAAAUGACUGUAACUGAACUACAGAAGAAUCCUAUCAACUAUACACAGAUUGCUGUGCUGGCCGAUGACAUAUUGAAAAAUGUGGAAUAUGAUGCUCUGAGGGUUAUUUUCAACAAGUUCCAUUCUGUUAUAUCAUUUAAGCCCACAAUGGUAACAAUACUGUCCCCUGAGGUUGCAGAAAAAGAAUCAGAAGCUGGUGGGAAGAUGGGUGACCUAGAUUCUUAUGAGAUUGAAGGCGGCGAGACAAAAUCAGAGAUAUUGCAGAAUCUAGCUGAGUUCCAGUUUUCUUGUGUUCUGUACAAUGGUGCCCUAGAGAAUGCAUGCAGUGAGCUUGGAGCCCGUAUGUCUGCCAUGGACAGCUCCAGCAGAAAUGCUGGCGAUAUGCUUGAUCGUCUAACUCUCACUUACAACAGGACACGCCAAGCAUCCAUCACUACAGAGCUUAUUGAAAUUAUAUCUGGUGCAUCGGCCCUUGAAGGAUAGAGACUGGACUUUUCCCGUUUGUGUUCCUCUCCCAUGAAGCUGCUUUUCUUCUGAGGCUCAGUUUCAACCCUUUCUAUUUCACUUUUCCUUGAGAAACGUACUCAUGCUUUGUUGCAAUAAUUAGGCCAACGACAAUGAUGGUGCCAUGCGCCCUUGGCACAUUGCAGAAAGAAUGUUAAACAGCUAUGGUGAAUGGCCGGUUUUCAUAAAUGAUGAUGAUCAAUAUAUGUAUUUUUGCACAUGAUUAGCAAGUUCAUGUUGUAUUGAUGGGGUGACUAAUGCCUGCCAAAUUGAGCGAUAUAACGAUAUAUAAUGCGUCAUUAAUGACAUUUGUUCGAUCUGAACUUCCAUCAA